UUCGCAGUGUUGUUGUUAGCAGGCUCAGUGCAGUCGUCGUGGUGUCAACGAAAUAUGUCCUGGGCCUCAGCGUUGCUGUUGUUCAUCCUCUCAACGUUUUCCUCAUGGCAUUCGUAUUAGUGCGAACGUAGUAGCUAUAUGGAAAUUACACGCUCCAGACCAUCGCUUUUCAGCGAAAUUGCACAUGGAUUGGGAUUUUGGACAGAUCGCUCAGCUGUGCACGAAGCAGCAGCACAGGGUCAAGUCAGGCAAUUGCAGCAGCUGAUCCAAGGUGGUGCCUCUGUAAAUAUUGUAGCAAUUGACUCCAUCACUCCUCUUCAUGAAGCCUGCAUUCAAGGCCACAGCCAGUGUGUUCGUCUAUUGCUGGAUGCUGGGGCAAAUGUUGACGCAAGGAACAUUGAUGGCAGCACCCCCCUGUGUGAUGCCUGUGCUGCUGGGAGUCUAGAGUGUGUGAAACUGCUACUGGAGCAUGGAGCCACGGUCAACCCUCCUCUCUUCACCUUUUCUCCCCUGCAUGAGGCCUGUAUGGGAGGCAAUUCUGAAUGUGUGAAGUUCAUGAUCGCCGAAGGGGCAUCAAUGGAAGCUCAUGACUGUCAUUAUGGGACCCCUUUGCAUGUAGCAUGUGCAAGACAACACCAGGACUGUGUAAAAGUUCUUCUAAAUGCAGGUGCAAAUGUGAAUGCUGCAAAACUACACGAGACUGCACUCCAUCAUGCUGCAAAAGUGGCUAAUCUGGAUCUCAUAGAGCUGUUGGUGGAGUUCGGAGGAAAUGUUUUUGCCACAGACAAUCGUGGGAAGACUCCCCUACAAUACGCUACUCCUGGGUCCCCAUCUGCACUAUCCCUGGGAUUUUAUGAAAAAACCCCUCUGAGCCUGCAGCAGCUGUCCCGGCUGACCCUCAGGAAGGUGUUGGGCAGGAGAGCCCUGCAGGUGGCAGCUCAACUGGACCUGCCAAAUCGCCUCAUCAGCUACCUCUGCUACAUGCCUCCACCUACAACAGACAUUUGCGACAGCUGACACUCGCAGGUCCUCCAUGAAUGUUCCCAUCUCCUGACUAAGUUGUCAGUCAUAUGCAGGACUAUGCAGGUCUCAAGUGUCAUGGCAGUUGCCUACAUCAGGUCUAUCUUCUAUGUUUUUUUCUGUGACAGGACAUUGAGAGAAUGAAAGUUACUUGCAAACAUUUAAAUUAUAAGUGAGAUGAAGCAACUGGGCAUCCAUUGAAUCCAUGAAUCUGUUCAAUUGUAUUUAAACUCUGGAUGCGGAUGUAUUGCUGUAUCCUCAGAUUUUUUAUUUUUGAUCUUUAAGAGGAGAGCAUUAUGUUUUGCUUAUUCCAAAAGAUUUUGUAGCAUUCAAGGACAAAUCUGUUGUACAACUGCAUCUCUAGAUUUAAUCGUAUGGAAACAACUGCACUUUUUCAGCUACUUAACAAUGUCCCCACUAAACACUGUGAACAAUGAAAUAUUCAAAACACACAAAACAAUAACAGAUGAUCCUUUCCUCUGGUAAAAUGGCAAAGUCACUGUAUGUCAGUGCUUCCUGUAUCCACAGUGUUUGUUAAUCGCAACCUAAAUUGUGUUGCGGAGCUAUGGAUGAAGUAAAAGAUACAUUUUGGCUGUUAUAACACUGGCAAAUGCAAAUGGCAGUGUUACAACUGUUGAAGGACCAGCUUCAAAGUAACCAAAAAAAUUGAAAGCCCAACACUGCUUACUUCAGCAUUGUGCUGAUUGGGCCAGUUUAUCGAUGAGCUGACGUUUCGGUCAGUCAGAUUUUCAUCAGACCUUUAUCCGAGUAAUGAAGGUCUGAUGAAAAUCUGACUGAUCGAAACGCCAGUUCAUCGAUAAAGGUCUGACUGACUGAAAUAUCAGUCUGGCAAAAUAACUGCACGUGCAGUAUAAUUUAUCAAUGUGUGCAGGCUCCCCACUACGCCAAGUGAGGGCCAGCCCAUCCCAUUUUGCCCACAGAAAUGAUGUGCCCUGUGAUAAUUGUUUUCGACAGACAGAAUGACUUCAGCUCACAUGGUUGAUCCCAUUGAGAAGAUUUUGUUGAUUUUCUGCAACCCAAAGCUAUGGAUGCAGUUGAUUACUAAAAUCGUGAAGAAUUAUUGUUUUUACGAUGGAGUAAAACUUGCACAUAUAUGAUGGUACAAUAAGUCUAGAUUAACUCAUGUAAAUACAUGUUAUUGUAUAUACAGAAUAUGUCUAUUAUUUGGAUAUGGAUUCAUUUUAUAUGUAGAUAUUAUGUCUGCACAGUAUUUGAAUAUUGUACAUAAAACACUGUGUUAAUCAGUUUAACAUGUAAUAAUGCACUAAAUUUAAAAUGUUCCAUUUUUCCCCAAUGUAUCAGCUUCCAUCUCUCUGAAGUACUGUCUUAAAUUCAGCCUCUGUGGCAACACUUCUUAUUUGUAAAUAUUAGCAUGUCGAUAAUAACACUGCUUUUUGUUUUACAAAGGCAGUUAUGGGAAACAAAUGCUGUUGAUAUGACUGUUGGUUUUGUAAGAUUCUGUCUGAAAGAUAUACAUUGUGAAAGUUUUUUUGUUGUUGUUGGGUGCUUCAAGUGACAUGUCAGGGUUUAUCAUACAUUAUCACUGUUUGCUGGACUUUUAAGUAAGCUUAAUGUCAUAAAAUAUAUCUAGCACAAAAGAAAAUCCAUCACUAUUAGCAUAGCUGGAUUCAGUUUAUUUUGGGCUUGGCAGCUCAGAGUGGUGCAGUUCUACAUGUGGUCAUUCCUGUCCUCAUUCUAUCUCUAUGGUCUGUCACUGUUCCGUUUUAUAAAUUCAAUGUACAGUAUAUGACUAUUUUAAAUAAAACCACUGCUUCAGCAAUA